UCUGUCUGUAGAUUAGUCUAUAGUUCAGUGUCAGGCUGCCCUGGUGCCGUUCAGCAGCUGUAAGGAGGACUCGAACCUGCGACCAGUCUAAAUCAGAGACUUUGAGUGAAACAUGCUGCUGUGAUUUCAUUCCUGAGACUUUGAUCCUCCGGUGGCUGCUGGGAAAUAAAGCGCCUCUCUGUGCUGGUGCUGCUCAGUCUCCGUUAAACACGUCCGUGUCUCUGGAGAAAUGUCAGCCGUUAGCUCAGACCAGAUCCAGAAACGAGCCGGAACCGAGCCGGAGCAGCUGGAGGCCGGGGUUCUACAACCGCAGACCGUGUUUGUCAUCCUGGACUCGGCUGAAACAAUCAACCUGGUCCGGGUGGAGUCCGGUAUCGUCGCUGACAUCGAGGUCGACAAUCUGCUGCCAUCAGACUGCGACACCUUCUACCAGAUCAAGAGUCAGCCAAUCAGCUUCAGUACUUCAGCAGCUUCCUCGCCUUCUUUAUCUUCAUCCUCUCUGCCGUCAGCCAUGACAGUCCAG